UCUACGUAUGGUAGUACUCCGCUUAGGGUGUCAAUUUUCCCGCCAAACGUUGAUAUUUUCAUGCGUUCUAGCUGGUCGCGGUGUUUUGGUCUCAAGUUCGUUGCUUUGUUCUUGUUCUGAAAAUCAGUUUAUAUAAGUUCGUGCUGUUAACUCUUAAAACGUGACAAUGUCGGAUUUUCCUACAUCAUCGCCGGCUCGAAGCACAAGCGAUGCAGAGCGUCGCGGACAACGAUCCACAAUGACCUCCCCAGUUGGCGAGUAUGAGCCCUUCGAGAAUGAGGAGGAACUUCUAGGCGACACCACGGUACGCAAUGACGAAGAAGAUGAAGGCGAGGAGCUCUUCGGUGACAACAUGGAGAAUGAUUAUCGACCGAUGCCCGAGCUCGAUCAAUAUGAUUCGAACUUGCUUGAUGAGGAAGAAUACAGCGAUUUGUCGAUGGCUGAUCGCGCGGCUGCUGAAGCUGAAAUGCGGCGUCGUGAUCGUGCCAUGGGGAUCCAUAGGGAUGAUCGCGAUCUGGGAUUCGACCGCAGCGAUGAUGAGGAUGAGAUGCCACGCGCAAAGAGGCGAGCGGCCGAGAAAGCUGCCACUGGUGAGGUUGAGGAUGCGGAGAUGAUUGAGUCCAUAGAGAACUUGGAGGAUACGAAGGGGCACUCGACAAAGGAAUGGGUUUCAAUGCUGGGUCCCAGGACAGAAAUCGCCAACCGCUUUAAGAGCUUCUUGCGUACAUUCGUCGAUGAGAGGGGACACUACACGUACCGAGAGCGAAUCCGUCGUAUGUGCGAACAGAAUAAAUCGUCCUUUGUCGUGUCAUACACCGACCUGGCUAAUAAAGAACACGUCCUCGCUUAUUUCCUCCCCGAAGCCCCGUUUCAAAUGCUCGAGAUAUUCGACAAAGUGGCUAAGGAAAUGGUUUUAAGUAUCUUCCCUACCUACGAGCGCGUCACGAAUGAGAUCCACGUACGAAUUUCCGAGCUUCCUCUAAUUGAGGAGUUGCGCACUUUCCGAAAAUUGCAUUUGAAUCAAUUGGUUAGAACGUUGGGUGUUGUUACAGCCACAACAGGCGUCCUCCCACAGCUAUCUGUCGUUAAAUACGAUUGCGUCAAGUGCGGUUACAUUCUGGGACCGUUCGUUCAAACUCAGAACGCUGAAGUUAAGCCAGGGUCGUGCCCUGAGUGUCAGAGCAUGGGACCUUUCAAUAUCAAUAUGGAGCAAACAGUUUAUCGGAACUACCAAAAGAUCACUUUACAAGAAUCACCGGGACGUAUUCCUGCAGGUCGGAUUCCCCGUAGUAAGGAUGUAGUGUUGUUGGCCGAUCUGUGCGACAUGUGCAAGCCAGGCGACGAGGUGGAAGUUACGGGAAUUUACACUAAUAACUACGAUGGUUCGCUCAACACCGAGCAAGGUUUUCCUGUUUUCGCAACGGUGAUCAUCGCAAACUACUUGGUGGUGAAAGACAGCAAGCAAGUCGUGCAAUCUCUGACUGACGAAGAUAUUGCUACGAUCCAGAAGCUGAGCAAGGAUCCACGGAUUUUCGAUCGCGUGGUUACGAGCAUGGCCCCAUCGAUCUAUGGUCAUGACUUCAUCAAACGGGCCAUUGCUCUAGCUCUAUUUGGUGGCGAAUCCAAAAACCCUGGGGAGAAACAUAAGGUUAGAGGUGACAUCAACUUAUUAAUUUGCGGGGACCCAGGCACAGCCAAGUCGCAGUUUCUUAAGUACACAGAAAAAAUCGCACCAAGAGCGGUCUUUACGACUGGCCAGGGAGCCAGUGCGGUUGGUCUGACAGCUUAUGUGCGAAGAAACCCCCAAACAAGGGAAUGGUGCCUUGAAGCUGGAGCACUUGUGUUGGCCGAUCAAGGAGUUUGUUUGAUUGACGAAUUUGAUAAGAUGAAUGACCAAGACCGAACAUCAAUUCACGAAGCCCUCGAGCAGCAGUCGAUCUCCAUUUCAAAAGCCGGCAUAGUUACAUCUCUGCGUGCCCGGUGCACAGUGAUCGCCGCUGCCAAUCCAAUCGGAGGACGAUACGACCCCAGCAUGACGUUCUCCGAAAACGUGAAUCUAUCUGAACCUAUUUUAUCUCGUUUUGAUGUACUAUGUGUGGUGAAGGAUGAGUUUGAUCCAAUGCAGGACCAGCAUCUGGCACAGUUCGUUGUAGAGUCACACAUCAAACACCACCCGUCGAAUGAAGAAAUCGUAGAAGACUCUCAACAACAAGGCGCUAUGGAAAUUCCGCAAGAAUUAUUGAAGAAAUACAUUGUGUACUCAAAGGAGAAUGUCAGACCGAAAUUAACUAAUAUUGACGAAGAUAAAAUUGCAAAAAUGUACUCCCAACUCCGACAAGAAUCGUACGCAACCGGAUCGCUACCCAUCACAGUUCGACACAUUGAAAGUGUAAUCCGAAUGGCCGAGGCUCAUGCGCGAAUUCAUCUGCGUGAAACAGUACAAGAGUGUGAUGUGAGCAUGGCGAUCAGAAUGAUGCUGGAAAGUUUCAUAGAUGCACAGAAAUUCAGUGUGAUGAAACGCAUGAGACAAACCUUCCAAAAAUAUCUGGCAUUCCAAAAGGACCACUCGGAACUGCUUUUCUUUAUGCUGCGACAGCUUACUCUCGACCAACUGGCGUAUAUCCGUUGCAAGGAUGGCCCGAGUGCAACACAUGUCGAAGUCAUGGAAAGGGAUUUGAUCGAGCGGGCGAAACAGUUGGACAUUUACGAUUUGAAACCGUUUUAUGAAAGUGAUGUUUUUAAGAAGAAUGGAUUUUCGUAUGACCCACAACGGAGAGUGUUACUACAGAUCGUGCCCGCCGGCGCUGAGAUGUAAGAGCCGCACUUUUUACUAUCGCCCAGUACAAAGAAUUUGUUUAUUUUUUUUCACUGCGUAUUACCGCUUAGACAUAAGUUUAUAUAUUUAAAUGACUAUUAAUCGUUUGUAAUCUGCUCUCAAUACAUUUGUAUGGACAAUUCA